AUGGUGUCGGACACGGUCUACGAGAUAUGCCUGCCUGUACUGCAGGACCCCGCCCUACCUGAGGAUGAGAAGGCCGACCGCGUCGAAGAUGUCCUCCGCCAAGAGGCUCGUCUGACAGGCAAGGCUCUCGAGGAUGCCGUCUUGGGUGUGCUAUGGCGCCACCGCGACACGGUUCAAGGCUCUACCUCGCCGCCGCCCCUACGCGCCUCUGUCAUCCGUCGUCCAUCGCCCGCCCCGUGGCAGCCUCGUUCUGCCACAAACUCGCCCAGAUCUCAGAGCGCUACCAUUCGCGCCCCUCCUGGCUUUGGUUCUAAUCCUCAGUUUUCACGCGCAAAGUCGUCCACUGCCUCGCCCUUUUCCUCGCCGCGUCCUUCACCGCGCCUCGCUUUUGCGACUCCUCAAAUCCCCCACAGUCCUAGUCUGAGUGCCUACCAGUUCAGUGAACCUACUUCCUCAACCGAGCAAUAUGGUGACUAUGGGAGCGACAACGUCGACUGGAUAGUCAACGACGAUGCCAGUAGUAAUGCUUCUUUCGGCGACUCGGCCUUUGCUUCAUACCCUUCAGACUGGGUCCAGCCUUCCAUGGUAGAAAUGUCAACCUACGACAUGCUGCGUUCCGUCUUGCGUGAUGAGAAGUCCGACGAAGAGCUCGAGCACGUCCUCCAGCUUAAUGGCUAUGACUUUAGCCAGACCAUCAUGGCCUUGGCCGAUCCCCAAGCCUUGACCGCUACCGAGGCUCAGAAUCGCACAUACCUCGUUGGAAAGUCCAUGAGUCCAACAUCCAGACCCCUUACUCCUUCUACCCAGUCGAAAAGCGGCAUCGUGUGCAAGUACUGGCUGUCUUCAGGCCACUGCGCCAGGGCUGAUUGUCGGUUCAGCCACGAUCUAAGUAACCAUCUGUGCAAGUACUGGCUAGCCGGAACUUGCCUCGCUGGCGAGUCUUGCAUCUUCUCUCACGAUCCCUCUGCUCUUAUGACCAGGUUGACUAUGGAUGAGAACGCUACACCACCUUCUCAGUCCAUCCAGCCGAACUUCCAGCUGCAAGACUACGAUUCCUUCCCUGCUCUGCAGCCCACCAAUUCCAAUCCGUAUGACCAAUCUUAUGACCCUUCAAUGCUUAAUUCUCUUCAAUCACAGCCACCCACCGUGUCUACCCUGAACCCCUUUGCCAUGUUUGUACCUUCAAGCAAUGCAAGCGUUCAGUCUUCGUCGCGACCCAACAGUCGUCACCAAUCUCGUACUGCAACUCCGUCAACUUUAGCCGUCAACGAUGAUGAGGCAUUUCCUACCCUGGGUUCCGCUGCAGCCUCACGAUCUUCUCGGCGCCAUGGCAAGAGAGGGCACGGUAAUACUGCUAACAAGGAGAGCCCCGUACCUAUACCCUCAUCCUUAGCUGAUGUCGUUCGCAUGACGCCGUCCCCAUCCCCCCAAAUCCAAACUCGAAGAGGGUUGAGGUCCGGCAAAUCGAAUACUGGGUCCCGUGAGAAUAGCGCAGCUGCCAUGGCAAUAGCAGCGCCUGAGCACAUCCCUUGGCUGGAGACUGGGGAGUCCGCAAACAAGGCGUACCUCAAGGCACGAGCUGAAGCAUUCCGGCAUGGUGGAUUGAGGAACAAAUACCUCCAGGCCGCUGCUCAAAGUUGGAACAGAAAUGAUGCCCGUGGUGCCAAAGCUCUCAGUCUCAGAGGUCAUAACGAGAAUCUGGCAAUGAAGGAAGCCCACCGUGAGGCGGCUCGAUGCUUGUACGAGGAACGCAACAAGGGUAAUGGAAUUGGCGAGCUCUUUGUUGAUCUGCAUGGUCUGCAUCCUGAAGAAGCAGUUCAGUACUUGACAUCGUGCCUGCUCGACCACAGCUCGUCUAACAAACCUGUCUACGCCAUCUGCGGUACCGGCCAUCACUCAAAGAACGGCAAAGACAAGGUCGGUAAGGCCGUCCGUCAGUUCUUGAAUGAGUGGCACUAUGCGUUCCGCGAGUUCAGUGUACCCGGCGAUCGCAACAAUGUUGGCGGUAUCCUCGGUAUCGAUCCCAGCAGCUACGAUAGGGAUUGUGCAAAGAAGAUGCAAGAAGCAGGGCCUAUAUCCGAGGCUGACAGUGGCGUCGGAUUCUUGAGUAGCAGUGCUGAAGACACGAAAGUCCGUAUCCUGAGAAGGGAGGAACAAUAA